AGAAGAAUAAAGAAAAAGUUUCCAUGAUGACUGAGUUAGUCACUUGACUGUAUAAGAACAAAUCCUUUGACCAAUGAUUAAAGGCCCCUCCUGUUUUGGACAUUCAUCUGCAGUUGUUUUCAUGUGUGAAGAGAAUGUUAGUGUGGUGUUUGUUACACUGACGCAGGAACCAGAACUUGUACCUGAGGCCAAUUCACUUGCUCACAGCGGCAGGAGCAGCAGGAGCAGCAGGAGUCAAUGAUGACAGUGAAUUUAAAACGAUUGAGACACAUUUCGACUACAUUCGCUUAGGAAUGUGGUCGUUCUCGGAUCGCAGCACCGGAUUGGAGUUGAGGACCUACCAGCCCCAGUGGAUCAGACCCAGACUAGGACACAUCACAUGCCAGAGCUGCCGCAGGUCCAUGACGGAGGACUGAACACAGAACCUCGUCUGUAAAUUAGGCAAAACAAUUAUUAACCAAGUAAUAAUUCUCCACUAAAUUAAUCAUCAUCUGUUUAAAUAAUCAGUUUGUUUCCAAAAGGGAUAAAACAAGUCUUUUUUUGGAGUGAGAAGCAAUUAUAUCAUUUGUAUUUCUGUGAAACAGUUUUGCUUUUAUGAGGUAGGUGGGCGGGGCGAGCAACAAGGACGACAAAACCAAACACGCCCCUGCGAACCACGUGAUCUUGAAGUCCGGAACUUUUGACGCCUGAAGGUAAACAGAGCGGCGGCAGCAGCAGCGGCAGCAGGGAUGAAGUGGGCUCUGCUCCACGUGUCGCUGGCCUUCCUGUUGUGCGUGGCCGUGGCAAACACCAGCCUGUUCCACGGAGUCGCAGUGGACUUGUCCUUUGAUCACUAUGCGGAGCCGCGGGUGGAGGGCGUGCCCUUCUUCCUGUCGAUGCCCUGUAACUGCCUGGUGAACGUGGCUUACGUUAUCAUGGGACUCUACUGGCUGCUGCAGCGGCGCGGAGGCGGCGCGGAAACGCGGCAGAGCCGCUACCUGAGACAGGUGUUUGCGCUGAUGGCGGUCUUUUACGCACCCGUGCAGUGGACGCGCUUGGCGGUACUGAGGCGCGCUCCCGCCGUGCUCGACCAGUUGUUCACGCUGCCCAUCUUCACGUGGGUUCUGGUCUGGAUCGGCUUCAUCGAGCGCGGGCCGGCGAAGUGGCGCGCGUCGCACGCGGCAGCGGUGGAGGCGUGUUCUCUGCUCAGCUACGGCCUCGCGCUGGUGCACGAGCGCGGCUUCGAGGUGGCGCUGGGCUGUCACGUGGUCCUCGCGGUGUACCGGGGAGUACGCGUGCAGCUGGCGCGCGGAGACAGUGUCUCGCGGCUGCACCUGUUGCUGGCUGUGCUGAGCUGCGUGGGUUUCGUGGUGUUGAAGCUGCUGGAUCACUGGCUCGCUCGGUACAGACUGUUCCAGCGCUUCACUGGACACUUCUGGUCCAAAGUGUGUGACGUACUGCAGUUUCACUUCAGCUUCUGCUUCCUGACGUCACUGACGCAAAGAGCGCAGGAGAAGAGUUCCUCACAGCGGCAGUGAGAGGACAACGUCAUGUCCCGGUUUCUGGUGCCGUUCCAUUUACAUCAGAAGGCCAACGUUGGAAUUGGGAGUGACGUCAUCUCUGGGUUAAAGCAUUCCAUUAAAGAUGUGGGAAAAAAAAUAUACAUAGGCAAAUAUGACGAAACCGUUUUAACGUUUAGUCUCUACAGAGUAUUCACUACCGAUAUCUGCAAUGUCAUUUUUACUAGUCAAAAUAUCGGUAAUUUAGUUUUUACUAAUCACAAUAUUUGUAAUUCGUAAAAAAAAAGAAACAUUAAUAAUUGCUGCAUCUUUAUUCAAAAACUGAUGUAGUGAGAAGUAACACCAAGGUAGGCCUGGCUACACUUGUCCAAACAUCCAUGGUGAGAGCAAGUUUGUUGUUGUUGUUGUUGUUGUUUAAAGCAGUCUUCACUUCAUUGAAUGUCUGUCCAUAAGCUUCCUCGAGGGAAGAGUGUGACCAGGAUUCAAGGUGUGAAACAUCGUCUCGAAGCCGUCAUCUUCGACCAUUGACAGAGGCCUCAUGUCAGUGACUAGCAUGUUAAGGAUGCUUUGGGUCAAGACAGAUGCUUGCUGUGGUGUACAUGAUGGUGUUCCAAUCAGGAAGCCACUCUUUUCUGCAAUGACAAAGAUAUUAAAAAUAUGAAUAUAUUAGUAUGUAAAACGGCACGAGUUACAUAAACUUAAUAUGCCUCGUUUUAGUUAUGAAUGAUGUUGAUUUUGACCCUGUCUGACUACAAUCUCACCUGCUUACUACAGAAAAUUUACACUUGAAGCUUAAUCAUUACAUUAUUAAUCAAUCCUAAAUCGAGGAUAAUUAAAGAUAUCUUGAACUUGAAUUAUGAUGAUGGUCAGAAAUAAGUUAUACUAUGUAUUAUAUCUGAAACUGGAAUUAGAGAUAUCUGAUAUAAACAGCUGUGCCACGACGCAAUCGUAUCUGUUAGCAAUACCACAAGUCAGAAUUUCUUAGUCUUCCAGUUGGAUUUCCAGGAUUCCAAGAUGGCUGCCACUUGUACAAACACAGUCUGAAACAUAGUAGUGUUCAGUUUUUGUUUGUUUCGUUGUUAUCGACUGUAUUUCUAACAAUGACUAACCCGAGAUACUUUUGUGUCGAUUAUUUUUUUCAACUGGAACACGGUCGAUGUGGAGGUGACGUCACGCCCAGUUCUGACUUCAGAUUUAAAUCAAAUGCACCAUCACAAAAUGGGCGGAUAUUUUUCUACAUGUGUAAAGUCUGGCUACUUUUAAAUAAAAACAUAUAUUCAUAUUCCUUCAA